GUUGAACCUCAACCACCCAGUUGGCCUGACAUUGAAGGCUGUGUGUCCCCUUAACUGACAGACAAGCUACUUUUUUAUGUCUUGACACCUCUUAAUCAUCACGAGAGACCUCAUGAACAGAAGGCAAGGUACUUCCGCCCGUCCCGCAUCAUCAGAAGAAAUUGAUUGCUGGUCGCACGCAGCAACGUCUCUUACUGCGCUAGCUGAAAUAUACAGUAAAUCAGCUACGCAAGAAACCAUUGGACGACUCAAUCGUCUCAUCUCAGUUUGGCCGUCAGACGAUAUCAUACCUGCCGAAGGCUUCGAUAAUUUGAGAACAAACUACAAGAAACUAGUCUCUGCACUGGACGAAAUCCAGAAUACAUCCAAAGAGGAAAUACAGGCUAUUGAAGGUGCAAUGGAACACCUAGAUGUUCUCAUAGCUCUCAGGAAAGCACCGGAAACUGUUUCACAAGGUCAAUGAAUUUUUUUAAAACGGUUCACUCAUUUUUUUAUUCUGAGAUUCUCGGUGCAUUCCUAGACAAGAGGAAUAAACGCCCGAGACCCUCCUCUCCUUCUACAACUCCUGGGCCUGUACCACAGCAGUCCGCUGGUGCAAGUCGUGGCGUUUCAAUAACACUUCCUGCUCGCUCGUCUCCUAUGCCAGGCUUCUCUCGGGAACCCAAAGCUCGGCGGGAAGCCCUAGCAAAACAGCUUCCCCUGAAGGAGGGUCGGAAGGUAGCCUUCCACCCACCCCCUGCCAAAGGUGCAUCCGCUGCCGACUCUGAAGACCAAUGGAUCCUGGCAGUGGUUACAAAAUGUAUUCAUGCCGAUAAAAAUCGGUAUGAAGUACAUGACCCAGAACCCCAGGAUAACGGAGAGCCAGGACUUCAUUAUAACACGACGCUUCGCAAUCUUAUACCCCUACCCGACACAGGUGCUCCUCAUGGCAGCCCUUCCAGUUUAUCUGCCUACCGAGAAUUCCCUGUGGGCUCAACAGUGAUGGCUUUAUAUCCUGAUACCAGCGUUUUUUAUCGUGCUGAGGUGGUUGCGACACCUCAAGAUCUCAAACCGGCCGGAAAAGCUAAUACAACUUAUAUGCCUGCCUACAAGGUCAAGUUUGAGGACGAUGAUAAUCAGGAGCAUCUGGUGGCAGCUCAGUGGGUAGUCGAAUGGCCAGGAACUUGAAGGAUCACAGGAUGAUCGCGACUAUAAUUUCAGGAUCGUGUUACAGUAACGACUAUCGUGUAUUACAUCUAUCCGUCGAACAUUGAAUACUUGCAAGGAU